GACAGAGCAGAUGACAGUGAUUAUUGAAGAGAGGGACGAGCUGAAGAGCAGGGUGCAGGACCUGCAAGGCCAGCUGGAUGGAUGGACCUCUGAGCAGGACAAGACGGCCGCAGACACAGAACAGCUGAAGAGGGCGUUGCAGGAGUGCCAGGCUCGUGUGCAGGAAGCCCCUUCUGUUCCCAGCCUGCAGAGGGAGAUAGCAGCUCUGCGGGACCAGGGUGCCCCACCUUCGCUUUCCUGGGUGCGUGCUCUGGCUCUCUCCAUGCUGAGUUCUCUGCUGUCAUGGCAGCAGGAAGCAGCUCGGGCCCUGCAGGAUGCUGGGAUAGAUGUUGCAGCUUCAGCCAAUGUGGCACAGCCUGCUAGGCUCCUGCAGCAGCUGGAAGAGAGGGAGCAGGAGAGAGAUCGUCUGCAGCAGGCCCUGUCUGAGCAGCGCUCUGAGCUGGGACGCGUGGAGGACCAGUGCAGGCACCUGACACAGGAAAUGGAGGCCAAACGCCAGGAGGUGGAGAGCCUGACUGGCCGGCAGCAGGAGCUGAGCCGAGAGCUGCAGUCGGCCAGGGAGAGAGAGGCGGAUCUGCAGCAGGAGGCGCAGAGGCAGCAGGCCUGCUGGCCGGCGAAGGAGAGGGCAGCGGAAGAGAGGGGGGCCCGGCUGGAGCAGGAGAGGCAGGGGGUCCGGGAGGCGGAGUACAGGGAGCAGGUGCACCAGCACGCCCGCACCAUCGUGGCUCUGGAGCAGCGGCUGGCCAGGGCCGCCCAGAGCCAGCGGGCGGGCGAGGAGGAGCGGGCGGCGCUGGAGGCCAGGCUGCGCGAAGCCGAGAAGAGGCUGGAGAGCCGCAGUCCGAGCAUUCCUCCAGCACCCCCUGUGCCAGUGCUGCCCCAGGACGUUGAGGCUCUGAAGCAGACGAGCGCCCUGCUCAGGGCUGAGCUGGCAGAGGCUCAGAGGGAGGCGGCCGCCCAGAGAGACACCAUCGCAGGGCUCAGCCGGGAUCUGGCAGGAGCUCAUGCCAAGAUGUCAGACAUGGCAGGGGAACUGAGCGAGCAGCAGAAGCUGGAGCUGGAGCAGCACAGAGCCCUGGUGGCAGAGCAGAGGUCUGAACUGAGCGUGCUCAGGCAGCGCCUGGCCCAGAUGUCACAGCUGGUGGAGCAGAAAGGGCAGGACCUUCUCCAAGCGGAGGAGGAGCUCAGGCUUUGUAAGGCAGACCUGGAGAUACAGGUGAACGUCCUGAGAGAGAGAGAACUACAGAGUGAGACCCCUCAGGAGGACAAAAGAGCCAGCAGCCCUGACCCUCAGCACACAGCCACAGGAGACACACAGGACCAGUCAGCAGCUGCUGAACUGGCUGACCUAGGGGCAAAGUGCAAAGGUCACCGGCACGAGGAGGUCAUCCAGCGUCAAAGGGAAGCCUUAGCAGAACUGAGAGCCAGGAUCAAGGCCCUGGAGCAAACAAGGCCGCAGAGGUCCUCUCCGGAGCGGGCCGUCCAGCAGGUGGCGCUGAUGAGGAGGGAGCUGUCUGAGCUGAGGGCUCAGCAGGCCGUGGCAGACAGCCUGGGCCCCCUCAGAGCUGCCAGGGAGCUCUCGCAGACGAGCUCGGCUGAGCUCCCUCUCACUGACCAGGCGUUUGAGGAGACUCUGGACAGGACAGCCAGGCUGGACCUGUCCGACGCCCUGGACCUGAGUGAGAGAACGUACCGGGACCUGGUCAAGGCCCUGUCCGGGGCCCUGGAGCUGGGGGAGCUGUCCGGCUGCGCGUCCCUGAAACACCUGCCCCCCGACGAGAGGGACCGGCUGGGGUCCCGGAGGCAGCAGGACCUGGAGCUGCUGCUCACCCGCCUGAGGGUCCUGCACGGCCAGGCUCAGCGCAAGGAGGAGCUGCUGUCGGAGUACCAGGCCGACCUGCGGCGGCUACGGGAGAGCCAGGCGGUGGGGCAGCAGCUACAGGCGGAGCUGGACAGGCUGAGGCAGGAGCUGCAGAGCCAGACUCAGGAAAACUCCCUGCUCCGCGAGGCCCUGGAGCGAGCUCAGCAGCGGCUGGAGCAGGAGAAGAACCUGAACAGGGUCAUCAAGGAGCGCAAGCCUCUCCUUAAGGAGCAGCUUGAAAGGAGGAGUGUGAAGACACCCUCACACAGUUGUGUGCAGGAGGACACUCAUGGCAAGGCUGCAGCCAGGAAGGCCAGCCUCCAGGGAAGACUGAAGAAGAAGGAGUAUGAGAUUGAGACGCUGAAGAAGCAGCUGAGAAAGCAGGGCCAGGAGAUGUGCACCACCAGCAGCCAGCUAGCCAACCUGCAGAACGCGCUGGCUUCCUCAGAGACUCGCUGACACCCAGGACUGCACGGGCUUCCGAACACCAGGGCAGAGGGGCCGCUGGCCGCAGGCUCUGUCACUGACAGCGCAGACGUAGACUGAUAGCCUGCCACUUGAACACAGUGCCCUCAGCCUGCAGAACGCUCAGGCUCACAUACUGUACUCUAUCUGUGCCCCAGAUCAAGGCAUGAUGUAGUUUCCAGGUAUGCUGUAAAUGGAGUAGUGUGCAGGUGUUUGCAUUAUGAUAAAAACAACCUAGAGAUCUAGUGACAAGUGACAAAUUUUGAGUUAAAUAAUUAAUAUAGCAAUUAAUGUCAGAAAUAAUAAAAUGAUUUGGUUGUCGAAUAGCAAUAUGAUAGAUAUUAUGCACCUUCAAAAAAGAAACUUCACCAUAGGUGACUCCCACUUCUGAGAUGCUGGUGGCAUCUGCUGUACCUGCUUUAGGCUCAGUGUUAUAUUUCUUUUAAUUAUGAAGAGUAAUUUGUCCUUUAAUUGAGUGCUCUGAAAUGGUGGACAACAAACUGCAAUGAUUGCAAGUUUUAAAAUAAUUUUUGUAGACAUAGGUGAAGAUGUACUGUAAUAGCAACUGUUUGCCAUUAUUCAGAAUUCUUGUCAGCACUGAUAAACGCUUCAUGAACAGAAUCAUCUAGCUGUAUGUUUUAAACAGUUUGUACUGUAUAUAGACUCAUUUCUGUAUAUUAACCAAGGCUCCUAAGUGGCUGAACCAGUUGAGGGGCUCACCCAUGUGCAGGAUGAGAUCCUACAUCCAUGUUUUGCGGGAUCAAACCUGACGAAAUGGCUCAGCAACUCCACAGGUAGGGUGAGAGAAGUUGGCCACGUCCUUCUCAGCUCCUGUGGACACUUGCAGGCUAGCGGUGCUGUUGGGAACGGGUGCAGAUCUGCUCCAGUCUGAGCUAAACCUCCUGCAGGAGGAGGUCACGUCACACAACUCUACUGUGUCAAAAGACAAGUGGCACAGAGGUGGACAGGCUGGAGGAGUCUGGCUGCACCACCUCAUUCUGCCCCUUCUGCGGUGGCAGGGUCUGUAGCCAUGACCUGAGAUAGGAAGGCAUUUAACUGGUCAUUCCAAGUAAGUUUUAUUAAAGAUAGUCUUCUAUCAUUUUGGUUCCAUCUCUAUUACAAUCAGGAUUAACCAGUCCUAUUCUACUGCUGGCUUUUGCAGUGUGAUUCAGCAGCUGGUGCAGCAGGGCUCAGGACAGAUCCCACCCUAGCAAUACAAGGUCUUCCUGUGUGAGGCACGUGGACUGCAUAGACUUCAUAGACUGAAUUCAGCUCUACUGUCUGUGCUUGCAAGCUGGACUAUCUGUCUUUAUAUAGAUAUACUGUAUAUAUCUGUCAUGUGGGUCCAGUAUUGAGCGAUAGUACACGUCAAGGUUUUGAGAUAAAACAACUUUCUGUAAAGUUAAA